CACAGAAAGAACGAAUUGUCCUCAGCCAAAAGCCUCAAACUUUGCACAAUUCUCUCAUCAAUGACUUCCACCAACAAAGACAAGACCAGCACCAAUGAAACAACCGCAACCGCCACCGCCACCGCCGUAUCUUCUUCUCCGGUCUUCAUAUCCACCGAGAGCUUAUGCAGCAUCCUCACCCAUCACACACUCAUGAAUCACUUGCAAUCCACUCUCCCCAAAGUCUCAACCUUUCUCCAAACCCCAAUUCGCCAACACUAUGCUAUCUCUCCUUCUUCCUCCCUCCUCAUCAUGCCUUCUUGGUCAUCUUCCCCUUCUUUCCCUUACAUUGGCGUUAAGCUUGUAACCCAUUUCCCUCAAAACUCUGCACUCAACUUACCAGGUGUGCAGGGAAGCUAUGUGCUCUUCAAUUCCACAACUGGCCAAACCCUUGCUUCCAUGGACUCCACUGAACUCACCCUUUAUCGAACCUCGUGUGUCUCUGGCUUGGCUUCCAAAUAUUUAGCCAGAGAUGACAGUGAGGUCCUUGUCAUGGUUGGUGCUGGUGCCCUAGCACCCCAUUUGAUCAGGGCCCAUCUUUCAGCCAGACCCAGUUUGAGAAAAGUCAUAAUCUGGAAUAGAACAGUGGAAAAGGCAACAACUUUGGCAUUAAAACUGAGAGAAAGUGAUGAAUUUGCAGGGUUGAGCUUUGUGGGUAGUGGGUGUUUGGAUGAGGUUGCUGGACUUGGGGACAUAGUGAGUUGUGCCACCAAUUCUGAGACACCUAUUGUGAAGGGGGAGAGGUUGAAGGCUGGUGCUCAUUUGGAUUUGGUGGGUUCCUUCAAGCAUUCAAUGAAGGAAUGUGAUGAUGAGGCCAUAAGAAGGGGGAAAGUGUUUGUGGACAAUGAGGCUGCGCUGGUAGAAGCUGGGGAACUGGUGGGUGCUUUUGACAGAGGAGUGAUCAAGAAAGAUGAAAUUGGAGGAAAUUUGGUGGAACUUGUUAGAGGUGACAAGGUUGGGAGAAGCAAUUUAGAGCAAAUAACUGUGUUCAAGUCUGUUGGUUCUGCUGUUGUAGAUAUGCUCGCAGCACAAUUGGUUUAUGAGACUUACACAAGGAGCUAGGUACUAUACUGAGUGUAGCUUAUAUUAAAUAGUUCAGUAAGAUUUAUGAAGUUAUUAUUGAUGAGAUUAAGGAGUUACUUACAUAAAGGAAUUAAGUGCUUAUGCAACUUCUGAUCUGGACUGUAAGUGUAAAAGUUUGGCAAAAUCUGUGACUGAUAAUAGCUUUUAAGUCUUAUAAUGAAGUCUCUAGU